AUGACCGGCAAAACUGCACCGGCAGCCAAAAAACCGGCUCCGGCCGCGGCCAAGAAAAAGGCAGCGCCAGCCCCCAAGGAAGGAGCAGCCCCCAAGGAGGGAGCAGCCCCCAAGGAAGAAGCACCUCCAAAGGAAGAAGCAGCCCCAAAGCAAGAAGCCCCAGCAGCAGCUGCUGCAGAGCCCCCAGCCCCCGAGCAUCCCCCGGAGCAGCCCCCAGCUCCCACAGAUGAAUCUGCUCCCAUCCCCACAGAAGCUGGAGCAGAAGCGGCUCCAGCGCCUGCAGAAGGUUCCCCAGCUCCCCCAGCUGAACCCCCAGCCCCUGAACCUAAAGUGGAGAAACCAAAGGAAGAGCCACCCAGCUGCCCCUUGUCCUUGGCUGUGGAAGAAGUGAGUGAAAACUCAUUCACGCUGACCUGGAAAGCCCCGGAGCAGACAGGCCGGGUAGGCCUGGAUGGAUAUGUGGUGGAGAUCUGCAAAGAUGGAAGUUCAGACUGGAAAGCUGUGAACCAGGAGCCUUUCCUCUCCACCCGCUGCACGGUGCCAGAGCUCAGCUCUGGGGACAAGAUCCACGUGCGGGUGGUGGCCGUCAGCGCCAGCGGGAGCAGCGCCCCGGCCACGCUGGAGCAGCCCGUGCUCAUCAGGGAGAUCCUCCAGCUCCCGAAGAUCCGCAUGCCUCGGCACCUGCGGGAGACUUACAUCAGGCGUGUGGGGGAUGCUGUGAACAUCAUGAUCCCCUUUCAGGGAAAGCCGCAGCCCGAGGUGAGCUGGAGCAAGGGAGGGCAGCCCCUGGACAGCAGCCGCAUCAACAUCCGCACCACGGCCCGGGACACCAUCUUCUACAUCCGCCAGGCCCAGCGCGCCGACUCGGGCAAGUACGAGCUCACCGUGCGCAUCAACGGCGCCGAGGACAAGGCUACCCUGGACAUCCAGGUGGUUGAGCCACCUGGCCCUCCCCAGAACCUGAAGCUGGUGGAUGUGUGGGGCUUCAAUGUGGCCCUGGAGUGGACCCCCCCUGCAGACAAUGGGAAUGCUGAGAUCAAGGGCUACAGGGUGCAGAAGUCAGACAAGAAGAGUGGGAAAUGGUUCACAGUGCUGGAGCGCUGCACCCGCACCAGCUGCACCAUCUCCGACCUCAUCAUUGGCAACACCUACUCCUUCCGAGUGUUCUCCGAGAACAUCUGCGGGCUCAGCGACAGUGCUGCGGUGGCCUCUGGAGUGGCCCACAUCGAGAAGACAAAAACCACUUACCAGCCAGAGAAGAUCCCCCAGCGGGACAUGAUGGAGCCCCCAAAGUUCACGCAGCCCCUGACAGACCGAACGACCACGCGGGGCUACAGCACCCACCUCUUCUGCUCCGUGCGGGGCUUCCCCCAGCCCAAAAUAAUAUGGUUGAAAAAUCAGAUGGAGAUCCGGGAAGAUCCCAAAUACAUAGCACUGAUUGAUCAGGGUGUGUGCUCCCUGGAGAUCCGCAAGCCUGGCCCUUUCGAUGGGGGUGUCUACACCUGCAAGGCUGUGAACCCCCUGGGGGAAGCCUCAGUAGACUGCAGACUGGAUGUCAAAGUGCCCAAGUGA